UGGAAUCAUAAUCUUAUCAGAAUCAGUCCUCUGUAACCUCUAAACAUUUGAAACAAAAGCAAUAACCAAAACUUUUCUGAAUCCAAGAAUCUUUAUCGUAUCAUCAAUGGCGUACGCACCGUCAGCACCGGAGCUUCCAGAAUCGUUCGGCCAGCAGCUUGACGAGGAAGCUAGAUACACUUACGCGUAUCCAUACGGUCGACCAACGAACCAACUCGGAUCUUCCGGAAUGUUUUCACCGGAAACGCAUCCGGACAUCGUGAGGAGCUUCGAGUCUGCAGGCGGAAACCGGAGCGGAUUCCUCGAUGAGUCGGAGCUCCGGCAUGCGUUGUCGUUUUCUGGAUACGAAGGAAUCAGUAACAGAACGAUAAGGUUCCUCUUGUUCAUCUACAAGAGCCCUGCAGAAUCUCUGCUACGGCUUGGUCCUAAGGAGUAUGCUGAGUUGUGGAAUUGCCUUGCUCAAUGGCGUGCCAUGUUUGACAGGUACGAUAGUGAUAGGAGUGGAAAGAUGAAUCCUUUAGAGCUCAGAGACGCUUUCUAUCAUCUCGGUUACAUGCUUCCAUCCUCUGUUCUCCAGCUUAUUAUCUUGUCUCAGCUUGAUGAUGGGACUGGCAACACUGUCGACCUCUGUUUUGACAGAUUCCUCGAAUGUGGGAUGAUUGUGAAGAGUUUGACUGAGAAGUUCAAAGAGAAGGACCCCGGUUACACAGGAUACGCAACUCUCUCUUACGAUGCUUUCAUGUCGAUGGUCAUUCCGUUCAUUGCCUCAUAUGACUAAUCGUCUUUGUUUCUUUAAACAAUCUCAGCUUGAAUAGGAGAUUGAAAUAAAACUGGUGAUUAGGUAAGCUAGUGUUGUUAGUUGUGGUGGAAGAGAAAUAAAUCAAAGUUGUAAUGAUUAUAAGUAAGAAACAAAAGUGGUUUAACUUUGCGCCAUAGAGAAAGGAAAAAAAAAA